CUCCCUUUUACCACGAAUCGUGCCUACCAUUACUUGUACUCCCCGCCUUUUACAUCAUCUUCAUGCCAAUUGGCAAUUCACUCUGGCGAUGGUUUGCUUAGCUUACUGAGGUCCUGCCACAUGAAAACAAACAAACCUGAUCAAUCACCAAUACCUACCUCCAUACCUUACGGAGCUUUCCUCGCUAGAUCUUCUGCCCUCUCAGUUUAGACGAGUCAGCUUGACCUCUCAUUGCUGCCCUCUUGUUCAAUCGAUGACCACCAUCUGCUCAAAACACUUUGACUUGCAUAUAACUAAACACGAUUCAUUUGAUCCGGGCUAUCCACUAGAUCACGAGGACUUGGAGCGGACUGCUUGCUUAUCCAUUGGAUUGAUGCGCAUACUGUACUUAUCUUAUCGUACACUAUCUUAUGUACCUCUUCACCUUUCCUCUCGCUUGCUCUAUCCGAGUUCCCUUGCUCCAGUUCUAGUUUCACCGAGUAUUGCGGUGUUGACCGUCUAGUCUUGUCGGAUGGUUUUUGCUCUACCCGUUCAAUUACGAGGCUGCCCCGCCGCCUAACUCCCAGCACUUAGCCAACGCCAACAGCAGCAACUCAGCGGCCCCUCCAGCGGGUUGAGCGCCACCUCAUCAGCAGCCUAAGUGUGAGGUGCCUGCCCCUCGACGCCCUGGAAGUCCCCGCCAGCAAGUACUGGUACUGGACAUCGCUUAUUGAGUGCCUACAUUCACUAACGAUUCUCGUACCGCUACCUCGUGAGACCUUUUCAGCUUUUUUACAGUGAUCCACUUCCAUUUGCUCUAAAAGGGCCCCGUUGAAAAGGGCUCCAGAGAGACGGGACCCUUGCCACGUCGACCAGGGGGUAUCUGGGGGCCUUUGGUGUCCUUCUGAUGCGCUAAGGUCUAAAAAAAAAAGGAGGUACGUACCUGGUACACACUGAAGCCCUUAACUCCCGUUAGCACUUUCCAAGUCGCAAGGGACCAGACCAAAAGCAAAGUACAAUUCAGUGAUUGUGGGCCUUUCCCGCCCUUCCCUGUCUGUCUCUGCUUCCGCCGAAGCCUGACGUCGAUUUUCCCACUCAACCUGCAGCAUCUCGUUGGCCGCAACUGGGAAGCUACCUCCCAGUUAUUGGCUCGUUCCAUUGACCCAUUCCUUCCCUUCCUUCCCUGUCCUGCCGGCCCCCGGUGCCCUGAAAAAUUGGUCUUUCUUUCCAACACCCAUGAUCCCCCCCGGAGUCUGCACACACCCAGCACCUGCCGUUCCUUGCACUUACCUUAAUUACCUAGCACCUGCUGCUUCCUCAAUACUCUUUACCACCACACACGUUUCGCCACGCACCAAACACCUACGACAACCACGACCUCGCUCGCGUACUUGCAUUCUUUUACAUCCACAUACAUACAUACACAAUCACCGCUUAUUUUUACUGUCACCGCAGUAGCUGUACUUGUCUUGCAAUACAUCAGUACUUUCAACCUACCUACACCGUUUUGUUGCGGCCAUCCAGCCCACCAGCGCAGCGAGUUGUUCGACACGACCCUGCAGCUCUCACUCGCUUCUCCUGAUGACCAGCUUGGUACGAACGUUUUGACGACUCCACGAUGCCCUCGCAUACCCGAUAUAAUCUAGACGAUUUCGACUGUACAUCGGCGACGAUAUUGGUUGCUCAUUAUUAGCUCCAGCAUUUGGCGACGAAUUAGGAACCAUGGCCCUUUGGCCAUUCCGGCGCCGGAGUAGCCGCAAGCGCUCCCGCAGCGGCGCUGCUUUCUCAGAUGCAGAGGGCGUGCCGCUGCCUCACAACGAGGAACCCAAACUUGGUUUGAAGAAACGACGUACCGAACCGCCCAGACUUCAGCGAGCCGGUCGAACAUACAGUUUCUCUCCGGGACGCCAAGAUGACAUUCGUACCGAUCGAGAUCGCGCUGGCUCGCCAGUCCGUGAACGAACAGGCCGAACAAGAACUACUGGCAACCUUGAAGAACGUCCCGAACUCUGGGAUCGCACACCCACGCUUCGUCCGACCCACCAAGCAACAAGACAGCAGAGAAGUAAGAGGAGGAAAGAAGAACGCAACAGAGAAGCCGAGAUUAAAGCAAUGAGUAAUUUUGCUCCCGUUCGGCCUGCUACGGAACAAUGGAAUUCAGGCCGACCCAUGAAGAAAGAUUCCAAAAGAUCAAAAACUGGGGGAUUCGGAAGGCAUCGAGCUGGUCGCAAUUCGGACGUCUCACUUCCAGUACCCGGAUCAAUACACUCCAGUCUUUCGUCCGACUCGGAGUUUGGCUCAUAUAGAGUCUCUGCCCUUGCAGCUCUUGCACCUCGGCCUACACUUCGCUAUACCCCGAACGCACGAUGGACGACUCCCCAUGUGCCUACACCUCAUCGGUCUGGAUCACUAAGGAGGAAGCUUCUCGAGCAGGAGCCGAUUCCGGAAGAGACGAUGAGAUCGCACAGGCGCAUCGAUUCCCUUGCUGACGACCUCGACGCCCGCGAUCUUAGGGAACUCAUGGAAUUAGAUAAUCGACGACGAGAACUGAAAAAGCAGAAGGAGAGACAAAGAAUGGAGAGACGGAUCACACAAAGGGCAGAGAAACAACAAGCGGAACAAAUACAGGCCAGGAACACAGGCACCCCUCCGCCAGAGAAUCUUGAGAGAGGUGUCAUGGGCCGUGAACUUGUAGGGCUGGGGAUCGACCCUGCUUCCACUGUGGUCACUGAAACGAAACCUGAAGAUCCAGAGCCCAUGGACAUUACUGAAGACGAAAGGGAAAUUGAGUCUCAAAAGAAGGCCGAGGAGGAGGUCUUUCAUCGCACAGACACAGCCGCCUCUGAGCAGCCAACACCUAUGGAAGAGGUCAUUACAAAGGAUACCUCAUCGAUGCGUCAGCCCUCUGAAGAUAUGGGAAGCGUUUCUCCUGGAACAAGAUUUUCUGAUCUUUUAAGAUCGGCCAAGUCGCGAUCUAGGUCGACGAUUCGAUCUGAUCGAGAUAGGAUGGUUUCUCCGCCACCCGAGACCAUCAACGAGGAGGAUGUUCACAUGCCCAGACAAAACUCCCAAGAUUCUGACGGUAGUAAGAAUGGGUUUGCUUCUAUCAAAGCAUUCCUGCGAAUUGGAAGCAAACGGCAACGACGUGAAGGACCAUCGUCCUUUGCCAAUACCUCUCGGGAGGAGAUGCAGGCAGCCGCAGCUCAGUCAAGAGCACAGGCGCAAGCCUACGCCCUCGCUAAGCUCGAGGGUGAGGACUCGCCCAACUCUUCAAGCGGUAACUAUCUAUCCCGUAAACCAAGCAUUGGCGCCCCGAAGAGGACGCGCUCUCGGUUCCGGGAAGACUUACCUGAGUUGCCUCUCUCACCGCCAGCUUCACGCGUUCAGUCGCCCGAAGCGGAGCCCCCCAUGCCCAUUCUCACCGAACAAAAGAUCCGUGAAAUGGAGGAAUUGAGGUCCUUGGGCGUGCGCUAUGACACACCAACAUCGGGACACCGAUCCGCUGAGGCCAUCCGCCGUACGCCUUCGACAGUAGAGCGUGCAUAUGUUUCACCGUCACCAGAAGCUGGCAUGUCCAUGUCACUCGCCUCGAUUGACUCUGAAGGUUCCUGGCUUUCCGGUAAUGCCAGUGGCCGUCGAGCCGCCAUACGAGAUAGCAUUCGAAGGGCCAAUCAGCGUGAGCAAAACGACACGCACACGGAUUCCCCAACGAACGGCACAGAAGAAAACUUGGAGAUCGUUGGGGACGAAUAUUUAACGAAGCUCACUCCCCGAAGAAACUCGAAUUCCGAGUUCAUGGGUCGUCGUUCUGGUGAAGGACGUCCCAGCAGCGAUGAGGAAGAGUUUGCUAAUGAUGGAGAGAUGAAAUGGGGCGCUGUUGGUUCUCAGCCCCAAGUUGUGCACAGAUUCACCAUGAAGAGCCACGAGGGACUCUUGGAGCUUGAAUCUGAGGAUGAAGGGAGCCCGACAUCACCCGUAACUCCAUCGCAAGAGCUUGCCAAUGUUCAGAGCGCUAGAAGCGUCAAUCUGGGCAAAGGUCACGUUCGCAAUUUUAGCGCUGGAAGUGCUAAACUACUCGAUAUCACUCCCCGACCAUCCGUUGAUGCCACAGGGAACUCAGAGAGGCGACGAAGUCACGUCCAACCAGCCAUGUGAAAGCUAAAGUAAUCUUGAUCGUUCAGAAGAAGAGUCUCGCAACUUAACGAAUGUCGACCAAACGACACCUGUCACUCCUUUUAUUUCCUUGCCGUCUCAACUAACCUAAGUCACUCAUUUCACAUUUCCUUAUCACUAUUCUUAUCAACAAUGGAAAAUCGACCAAAAAAGAAAGAAAAAAAAAGAGGAAAACAAUAAAAUCAGCGAAGACUCUUCUUAUGACGACUCAAGACUCUCAAAUAGGCUUAUCACAUGGAUGGUACUAGAAACCGACUUGCUCCUGAUGUAUGACACGACCUUGAUGACUAUGGCGCAUUCCAAGUUCACUGCUAGGAUUUCUUUUCUCGACUACAUAUACCGCACCUUUUGAUACCCCGCGUCGACCGCCAAUUACAGAGUACUGGGAGACUCGACGCGUUUGAUUUACCAACUAUUGGUGAGGGAGCUAGUCUCCUUGGCCGGUCCCUCUUCGUGCCCAUUGGGCGCUGUCAUUCCUUGGGGAGCCGGUGUGGUUUUCCUUAUCUUGUCUGUGAGAUGAAGGGAGCAUUUUGUUUUCUACUAGCCGGGGUUUAUGGGAGGCGGGAAAAACGGGUUUGAUUUGAGCAACUGGGAUUUGCUUUUGCACUUGGGCGUCCAGAAACAUAAACUGGAAGCCCGAGAUCGAGCUUGGCGCGAGAGUGGUUGGCUGCAUGAAACAAUAGAUCUUGCGAUGCGAUAGCGCAAUGGACAUCACUGGGAAAUGAGGAUGGACAAGAUCACAAGACGAUGGACGUGUGUCUGUCCACCUCAGAGGAGGAAGAUGUAAAUGUUUGUAAGCUGAUAGGUUAAUUGACCAGAUCGAACAAUAUCCUGAGAUUAAAAGCUGUUUCACCAUACGUCAAGUGAUGGUUAUAUUAAGAUUAGCUCUGAUCCACAGCCGUAGAUGCAUGAAAUAAGUUUGUGCAUAUGUCCGUGGUCUCGGCAGUUGAAGCAGUAAUUAAUUAGAAGCUGAUCGUUGUAGAUCUCGGGAACUAGCUUAGUUGCUGUGAAUGUGGAAAUUAUCAUGGUUAUGCGUGCAUUUGGGUGUGGCAUAUCCACAAGUGUGAGAUGAUAUCGCCAUGGUUUAAGUAGGUGAAGACUGGAUAAGAGAGUGAGAGAGUUACUGAAGUCCGUGUAAAGCAUGUAGAUUAUUUGUUUGUUGUUUAAUCUGUAUCUUGAUUAGAACUGAGGCAUCAUUGAACAUGGCUCUUGAG